GCCAUGGACAUUGACCAACUCCCUUGCGGGAGCUUCUGCCUGGUGGCCGUAGCCACCAUUCUUAUGUCCUUGAUUCUGAGGCAGGUUCUGAGUGGUAAGCACACCGGAGCCAAGCUUCCUCCAGGUCCAUGGAACCUCCCCGUCAUCGGCAGUCUCCACCACCUCGUCGGCACCAAACUGCCGCCCCACCGCGCAUUCCUUCGCCUGGCGCGCCGGCACGGUCCGCUCAUGCUGUUGAGGCUCGGCGAAGUGCCCAUCGUCAUCGUGUCCACCCCCGAGGCAGCGAUGGAAGUGUUCAAGACGAACGACCUCGCCUUUGCGACCCGCCCGAGCGGCCCCACGGUGGACAUCAUCAGCAGCGGGGGCAAAGGCUUCGCCUUAGCGCCCUAUGGUGACCACUGGCGGCAGAUGCGCAAGGUCUGCAUCAUGGAGCUGCUCAGCACGCGGCAGGUGCGCCGGAUCGACUCCAUCAAGCAAGCCGAGGUGACACACCUCAUGGAGUCGGUGGCCACCGCGUCUUCUGCCUCGUCGUCCGCCAUCAUCGACAUUGGCAAGGAGCUGGCCAGGCUGACGAACAACAUCAUCGCGAGGGCGGCAUUUGGCGGUAAGUGUCGGCAGCAGGAGGUGUACCUCCGAGAGCUCGCCGUGUUGGCUUCGCUCGUGGGAGGGUUCAGCCUGGUGGAACUCUACCCGUCGUCGCGGCUGGUGCGGUGGCUGACCGGCGACUCCCGCGACGUGAGGAGGAGCCACGCCCAGAUACAACGAAUCCUGGCAGAUAUCAUCCAAGAGCGCAAGGAGAAGAAACAAUGUAAUGCCUCGGCUGCUGCCACUGCUACUCCUAAUGAGGACGAAGACCUGUUGGGUGUCCUCCUGAGGCUGCACGAGGAAGACACCCUUAAUUUCUCUUUGACGUUCGAGACCGUCGGGACCAUCAUCUUUGAAAUAUUUGGAGCUGCUACGGACACCACAGCUUCCACGCUGGAAUGGGCCAUGGCAGAACUCAUCCGCAACCCACACGUAAUGGCAAGGGCAAAACUCGAACUCCAGCAGAGGCUCGGACACCACCGCAGGUCCACCGUCACCAGCGCAGACCUGGAUGGCUUACACUAUCUUCGGAUGGUCAUCAAGGAGACCCUAAGGUUGCACCCCUCCGUGUCACUGAUACACAGGGCGGCCAUGGAGGAUUGCCAAGUGAUGGGCUACCACAUACCCAAGGGCACCUCCGUCAUGAUAAACGCCUUCGCGGUUGGCACGGACCCGACACACUGGGGUGAGGAUGCCGCGGAGUUCAGGCCAGAGAGGUUUGAGGAGAUGAGUGUGGAGUACUUCAAGCAAGGGCCACAGAUGGAGUUCAUCCCGUUCGGAGCUGGUCGUAGGCAGUGCCCUGGAGCCUUGUUUGCGAGCACGACGAUGGAGCUUGUGCUGGCAAACCUCCUGUACUACUUUGACUGGGCGAUUCCGGGUGGGGCAGGCCCAGAGACGCUGGACAUGGGCGAGGUGUUUGGUAUCGUCGUGCAAACUAGGUCCAGCCUGCGCCUGCAGGCAGUAGCAUCUUGUCAUCUACAAGAGCAUUAGUGCACUGCAAGCUUUACUACCUCAUCCGUUCCUAAAUAUAAGUCUUUCUAAACAUUCCACUAUAGAUUACAUACGGAGCAAAAUGAGUGAAUCUACACUCGAAAGUACGUCUAUAUAUAUUCGUAUGUAGUCUGCAUUAAAAUCUCUAAAAACACUUAUAUUUAGGAACGGAGGAAGUAGUUGUGCAAGCAAGUUGUAGUAACAAACUACAUAAUGUCCUUUCUAAGACGGCCAUCACCAAACCGUCAUUAAGUCAACAUAAAUCUCCGGAUUGCAUGAUUUCUUUUACUGUGGACGAACCUAACAAACUAGGAAAGAACUCAUAACACCUCUUGAAACUGUGUAAUCUGAUUACCGAUACCAUUCCUGUAACCAAACACCUCUAAGUGCAUCACAACGUUCUUGUUGCCAGCGAUAUUGCUGAGCCUACUGCUUAAUAAAGUUCUGGUUACAUGAAAAAAAACAUUGGCAGGCCGCGGUCGAGCUGCCGGGCAUGAAAGUCAUCGCUGCAGUUGGCAGAGCAUCUCCACCCACACCCCUGAAUACGACUCGUGACACCUGACCAGCAGCUUGUCUGUUAGAUAUCGGGCCAAAAUGGUGGAGCCCUUCUUGUAAAUUUCAGAAUGUCUGAUGUUUUGGUAAUUGCUCUGA